AUGGUGGAAGGAGUUCUUUUCAACCUUGCUGGGAAAGUCCUUGAAAUGAUGGGUCCCUUAACUCUCCAAGAGAUCAACUUGGCGUAUGGUGAUGUCAAAACUGAGCUUGAAAACAUAAAGAACACAGUUUCCAUAAUCCAAGCUGUGCUUCUAGAUGCAGAAAAGCAGGGUUCUCAUAACAACAAGGUCAAAGACUGGCUCAACAAGCUUAGAGAUGUGUUACUUGAUGCAGAUGACGUGCUGGACGAUUUAUCCACUGAAGAUUCGAGAUACAAAAUGAUGACUGGAAAUAAGAUGACAAAGGAUGUACGAAUUUUCUUUUCCAGUUCAAACCAGCUUGCUUAUAGUCUUAAGAUUGGUCAUAGAAUAAAGGCAAUUAGGGAGAGACUAGAUGCCAUUACAAUAGAUAAGGACUUCCAGUUUAUUCAAAGCUCUAUUGAGCCACAAGUCAUGAAUAGGGGGAGGGAAACUUAUUCUUUUGUAUUGGAAGAAAAUGUGGUUGGGAGAGAGGAUGAUAAGAAAGAAAUUAUAAAACUUCUUUUGGAUACCAACACUGUAGAGAAUGUGUCAGUUAUUCCAAUAGUUGGGAGUGGAGGUUUAGGGAAAACUACACUAGCUCAACUCAUAUACAAAGAUGAAAAUGUCAAAAAUAAUUUUGAGCUAAUGUUGUGGACUUGUGUCUCUGAUAACUUUGUUGUAAAACGGAUUGUGAAACAAAUCUUAGAACGUUUUGGAGGCAAGAGGUAUGAAGAAAUUGAAAACCUUGAUAUUUUACAAAAACACCUUCAACGAAAACUUAAUGGAAAAAAAUAUUUCGUUGUCUUAGAUGAUGUGUGGAAUGAGGACAAAAAUCAAUGGAUUCUUUUAAAAGAUUUAUUAAUGGGUGGUGCAAGGGGGAGUAGGCUUGUGGUAACUACUCGCUCUAUAAAGGUAGCUGAGAUAAUGGGCACGACUUCACCUCAUGAACUUAAAGGCUUAGCUCCUGAAAAGGCUUGGUCAUUGUUUGUAAAAAUGGCAUUUAAAGAGGGUAAAGAGCCAGAAACCAAACCUUAG